CGCUCCUCUCCCUCCGCAGCAAGUAACGAAAAACCAAAAACCCAAAAACCCAAAAAAAAAAUAGAAGAUCGAAAAUACUUACCCUAGGUAUAUUUUUUAUCCCUAAUCCUACCUAUAUUCUCUAGUUUUCUUUGAAAGGAGAGUGAUGGCGGUGGCGGCAGCGGUUGCGGCUUCGGCUUCGGCUACAGUAAACGCAUCUUCAGUGCCUUUUACGCCUACUCCGGCUGUUGCUGCUGUGACAGGCGGUGUUGGGCCGUUUGUGAAUGCGUCACUCUACGUGGGAGAUCUGGAGCAUAAUGUGAAUGAGGGCCAAUUGUAUGACCUGUUUAGCCAGGUGGCCCAGGUCGUGUCUGUUAGAGUUUGUAGGGAUCAGGCGAAGCGAUCCUCACUCGGUUAUGCUUAUGUUAAUUUCAGUAAUCCCCAAGACGCUGCAAAUGCUAUGGAGGCUCUGAAUUUCACUCCUUUGAAUGGCAAAACUAUCAGGAUUAUGUUUUCUCAUCGAGAUCCUAGCAUUAGAAAAAGUGGAUAUGCCAAUGUUUUCAUCAAGAACCUGGACACGUCACUUGAUAACAAGGCAUUGCAUGACACUUUUGCUGUCUUUGGGAGAGUCCUUUCUUGCAAGGUAGCUUUUGAUAGCAACGGUCAAUCAAAAGGGUAUGGUUUUGUACAGUUUGAAAAUGAGGAUGCUGCACAAAGUGCAAUCAAACGGUUGAAUGGUAUGUUGAUAAAUGAUAAACAAGUUUAUGUUGGACUUUUUGUUCGACGUCAAGAAAGAAUUCGGGCUAAUGGAUCACCAAAGUUUACUAAUGUUUAUGUUAAGAACUUGUCUGAGACAACAACUGAUGAGGACCUUAAGAAAAUUUUUGGCGCUUAUGGUACCAUCACCAGUGCAGUUGUUAUGAAGGACCAAAAUGGGAAAUCCAGGUGUUUUGGUUUUGUGAACUUUCAGAACCCAGAUUCUGCUGCUGCAGCUGCUGAGAAGCUGAAUGGGGCCACCAUCAAUGAUGACAAAGUUUGGUAUGUUGGGAGGGCCCAAAGGAAAGCAGAGAGGGAGUCAGAGUUGAAAGCCAAGUUUGAGCAGGAAAGAAUUCGUAGAUAUGAAAAACUAAAAGGUGCAAAUUUGUAUCUGAAAAAUCUUGAUGAAAGUAUUAAUGAUGAAAAGCUGAAAGAAUUAUUUGCUGAGUUUGGGUCUAUAACAUCAUGCAAGGUCAUGCUUGAUCACCAAGGGCAGAGUAAGGGCUCUGGUUUUGUUGCCUUUUCUACACCUGAGGAAGCUUCAAAAGCUUUGAACGAAUUCAACGGAAAGAUGAUUGAAAGGAAACCUCUUUAUGUUGCUGUUGCCCAACGCAAAGAAGAAAGGAAGGCUCGACUACAGGCACAUUUUGCUCAACUUCGAGCUCCUGGCGGAAUAUCAUCAUUGCCUUCUGGAAUUCCUGGAUACCAUCCAGGGGCACCAAGGCUUGCACCACAGCAGCUUUACUUUGGUCAAGGGACUCCUGGUAUGAUACCCCCUCAGCAUGCAGGAUAUGGCUUCCAGCAGCAACUCAUGCCUGGAGUUCGCCCUGGUGUCACUCCAAAUUUUAUGAUGCCGUAUCACCUUCAAAGACAGGGACAACCGGGGCAGCGGAUGGGAGUGCGGCGUGGGGGAAAUCCUCAUCAGAUGCAACAGCAGCAGCUAUUGCACCGUAACAACAAUCAAGGCUUAAGAUACAUGGGCAAUGCAAGAAAUGGCAUAGACUCAUCUUCUGUUCCACAAGGUUUAGUGGGUCCAGUGAUGCCAUUGCCCAUUGAGGUUUCAGGAAAUCCUAUUGAUAUUCAGCAACCUGUUACCAUCUCAACUCUUGCUUCUGCUUUGGCUUCUGCUUCCCCAGACACACGUAAUGAGAUGCUUGGUGACCAUCUUUAUCCGCUCGUGAAGCGUCUUCAGCCAGAUCAUGUGGCGAAGGUGACUGGGAUGUUAUUGGAGAUGGAUCAAACGGAGGUACUACAUCUCAUUGAGUCCCCGGAUGCUCUGAAAAAGAAAGUGGCUGAAGCAAUGCAAGUCCUCCGAGAAGCUAGUGCUUCUGUUGUUGGUGAUCAACUUGGCUCAUUAGGACUGACUGAAUGAACUGUGUCGUAGCCUUAUUCAUGGUUACAAGGUAUUUUAUUUUGUUGGUGUUUUUGAGUCCAUAUUUUUAAUAGGGCUAGCUAGCUCAGUCAUUAUUUUGGUGGUAUCAACUUAAACUAUUUUUCUAGGAUCAAUUUUGUCCAGCAAGGUUAUAUUGCUGAAAUAUUUUAGGCUUUUGAUCUGGAAUUAGAGAGAUUUCAAAAGAUUUUUUAGGCUUUUUAUUGGUCUUUUUUCUGUUUCUUUAGGUUAUUGUUAUGACGUUUCCAUUUAAUGUACUAAAUAUUAGUUGAUGUGACUUGGAUAAUUUUAUUUAUUAUGAUUCUUGUA